AUGUCUCAAAUUAUCUCUCACGAUAUUACGCAGCCGAUUCAUAUUCCUCAGAUUGAUGGCAAUAGACUCAGCUCAAGGGACUCUUUAGUCUUACGGGCAUUCAAGAAUGAUGUUUGGCUUCCCAACACGACUGUUGCAGAACAAAAGCAUUGUCUGGUCUCUCGAGAGCUUUUAUUCCAAAUUUUGAUAGUUGAAGAUAUUUCAAAAUCUAAGCUGAGCCAGAUAGAGGACAUAACGGCCAGAUUGAACCCAAAUAAUCAGAGGAUCGACCGAUUGAGCAGUGGCAGAGAAAAGAUAGUCAUAAAUCAAGUCAAUGUGGAGAGCGAAGAGACAAAUAUCGAGACUUCGUCACCGCCAAACAAAAAAACUGUUUAUAGACUGACACUGCAGGAUAAAUCUGGGGCUAUCUUCUUCGCGUUGAACGUAACGAACUUGCCCUGGUUGUCUGUCUGUAUGUUGGGUUCGAAGCUGAUUAUUAGUAUGGGAACACAGUUCAUUAGAGGUGUUUUCCUGCUGAACGAUACCAACUGCAUAUUCUUAGGCGGUGUCAAUCAAACAUGGAAUGAGAACCGCGAACUCAAGCUUCAAGAUUACUUAGAGUCGAAGCUUCAAAGAGAAAGUGAAUCUCAACUAUCCUCGAAUACUAAGAAGAGGAAGGCUACACAAUAA